CACGAAUCUACCGGAGCGCAACAACACACACCAGGAGCCCAACAACACAUUCCUGCGCGCAAAGAUGGCACCAAAGAAAGCUAAGAAGACGGCCGACUCCAUCAACUCGCGGCUUGCGCUUGUAAUGAAGUCCGGAAAGGUCACCUUGGGCUAUAAGUCUACCCUCAAAUCUCUGCGAUCCGGAAAAGCCAAGUUGGUCAUCAUUGCAGGAAACACGCCGCCUCUGAGGAAGUCCGAGCUCGAAUACGUCUCUAUGUUGAGCAAGACGUCUGUCCAUCACUUCUCCGGAAACAACAUCGAGCUGGGAACCGCCUGUGGUAAACUCUUCCGUUGCUCCACCAUGGCCAUCCUCGAUGCUGGUGACUCAGACAUUCUUACCACCAACACGGCAUAGAUUGAGGGAGAAAUGGCCACGAACGGGGAGGUCAUUCCAAAACCCAAGGCGGUCUUAGUAGUGCAGAUAGCAAUGAAAUGAACAUUGUGUGCCACAAAAAGGCCAUCCA